CUAAAGGACAACCAAUAAUGGAGCGGCGUAGCCCAGUGGAGCCCCACCUUGAGCCGUGGCGGAGCCUUGGCGAGAAGGUGGUGAUGGUCACUGGAGCGUCGUCGGGGUUGGGCCGAGAGAUCUGCCUCGACUUGGCCAAAUCCGGCUGCAGAAUCGUCGCCGCAGCUCGCCGGAUCGACCGGCUUGAAUCCCUCUGCGUUGAGAUUAACGGGAGCGGUUCCGGAGAUCCGAGCUCCGGUCGUCCGCCCCGGGCGGUGGCUGUCCAGCUUGACGUGACCGCAAAUGGGCCCGCCAUCGAGGCCGCCGUGCAGAAGGCUUGGGAUGCGUUUGGCCGUAUUGAUGCCCUGGUUAACAACGCCGGCGUCAGAGGAAGGGUACACAGUCCAUUGGAUUUAACAGAAGAAGAGUGGGAUAGCAUCAUGAGACCAAACUUAGUGGGUACAUGGCUCGUGUCAAAAUAUGUUUGCUUGCAAAUGUGCAAUGCAAAGCAAGGAGGAUCUGUCAUUAAUAUCUCUUCAAUUGCUGGUCUUGAUCGUGGGCAGUUACCUGGAGGUCUUGCCUAUGUUUGUUCAAAAGUUGCUGUCAAUUCAUUGACGAAGGUAAUGGCCAUUGAAUUGGGAGCCCAUGGAAUAAGAGUAAACUCAAUAUCCCCUGGACUAUUCAAAUCUGAGAUAACGGAGAACCUCAUGCAACGAGAUUGGCUUAAGAAUGUUGCUCUGAGGACUGUACCUUUGAGAACAUUUGGCACAUCAAACCCAGCAGUAACAUCUGUGGUACGAUACCUAAUCCAUGACUCCUCCGAAUAUGUAUCAGGUAACCUUUACAUCGUUGAUGCUGGAAAUACAUUGCCCGGGGUCCCGAUUUUCUCCUCUCUUUGAAGCAAAGGCCAAAGAGUGAAACCUAGUGCACUAUGAUCCUUUUUCUUCUCCAUUACUAUUGAGGUCACAAGUGUAAUUGUUAAUUUUAAACAUGUGUUGUGCAUAAAACAUCAUUAAUCACUGGCACGAGACCGCCAGUCUCGAAACCAGUCACGAAUAGCAAUAUAUUUUUCAUUUUUUAAUCAGGUUUUUAUAUAUACAAUAUCAAACUAACCUUCUUUUGUGUUCUUAAUGGUGAUAUUAAUAUUACAUGACACUGAUGUUUGGA